AAGCCAAACAACAAAAGCCGGCAUUUUUUUAUUUUGCUCCAACCUCCUCUGAUCAUCAGAUAGUCUCUUCUCUUCUGUUGAGUCAAACUCUCAGAUCGAACGUGUUUUGUCUGUUUAGGCCGACAUGGGUGAUCCCCAACUGAAACUGUAUUCCUACUUCAGGAGCUCUUGCUCUUACCGUGUCCGGAUUGCCCUCAACCUCAAAGGUUUCAUUUCCCCCCAUCAAAAUUCAUUUACUUAUUCCAACAUGAAAUUCAUUCUCAGUAUCUCAAAAUCUUACACUUGAAGUUGUGUUUGUGUAUGUACAAAGCUGUAAACUUGUUGGAGGGAGAACAGUUCAGUCCUGAGUUUAGAAGCUCAAUCCUAUCGGCUAUGUGCCGGUGCUUGUGGAUGGGGACAUAGCUGUUUCCGAUUCAUUUGCCAUUUUAUUGUAUUUGGACGAAAAGUAUCCACAACAUCCAUUGCUACCUAAAGACCUUCAACGAAAGGCCUUUAACCUCCAGACCCAGUUCCCCCUUUUGUCCAGGUUGCAUGAGGCAGACAAUGAGUUACCAGCAUUUGUAGAUGCUAGACCAGAUAAUCAGCUAGAUGCUCCUUCAUAAUAGUUGUCGGCAAGUUCAAGAAAAGGUGGAUGUUGACAUGGUUUAAUGGAAUGGGGUAUACAGUCAUCUCAACUUGGUGGGUUACCCGUCACUUCAUCACUUGCAGAUUGACAGCUGAGAUUGAAAGAAACAUGUAUGCCAUGGAACCAACCCAUUUAUUAACAAGGCCAUAUGAUUGAUUAGUCUAAACCCUAAAUCAGCACUCCAUAUCUAAUCAAUUAUGAGCCCUUUCCACAAGUUGUAGCUGAAUAUUGCUUCUCUGAUAACGACACGAAAGAAGAGAGGAGACAUUUCUCCAUGUUCUAAUCAUAUUUUGUUUUCUACUCCUAGUGUGGAUAUAUCCAAACUAAAAAAGCAGUUGAAUGGUUCUACUCAUGCCCUCUACGACUUGCUGUUUUGUUGGUACUAUAUUAUUCACUGUGUUAUUUUGUAGUAUAUCAUAGCUAUUGAACUUGUGUAUGGCAUAAACCACUUGCUUGCUGUCUUACUCUUCUUAACUACGUCCAACAACAAUGAAAAGCAUCCAUUGUCUGUCUGUGCUGUAUUAGAUUUAAGCGAGCAUUUGGUUUAAUACCUGCUAGAAUAAAGACAUCGAUCUUGAAUGGUUAACGUUGACCAUAGUGUUAGAUGAUAUAAUCAUUACCAAACGUCGGUCGGAGUUCCACCCGAAGCUUUUCUGAAGUAUAGCAGUUUUAAAUAGAACAAUGGAUCAAAGAAUUCAGGUGUUUCUGCUUCUUAUAUUCACUCCUUUGCACGUUUUAGCCAAUCAUCAGACAAGUAUUGAGGAUGUUACUGGUUUAAAGUCUCUGAUGACACUAUGGGCUAACACGCCUCCAAGUUGGGGGAGUCUAGAUCCAUGUGAAGAUGGUUGGGAUGGCAUUGGGUGUACCAACAUGCGUGUGGUCUCUUUAACAUUAGCAAGUAUGAAUUUGACUGGCACACUCUCUGGAGAUAUUGAACAGUUAUCUGAACUACAAAUUUUGGAUCUAUCUUACAACAAGGGCCUGACAGGACCGCUCCCACCCGAAAUUGGGAGUUUGAAGAAGCUAACUAACAUAAUCCUGGUUGGUUGCAGUUUCUCUGGUGAAAUUCCUCCUACUAUAGGGUCCCUACAAGAGCUAGUAUCCCUAUCUCUGAAUUCUAACAGAUUCAGUGGGAAGAUCCCACCUUCCAUUGGUAAUCUAUCUAAACUAUAUUGGCUGGAUCUAGCUGACAACAUCCUCGACGGAUCCAUCCCAGUUUCAGCUGGUGGUGAACCUGGUCUGGACAUGCUCAAUCAUUGCAAGCACUUUCAUCUUGGAAUGAAUAAGCUCUCUGGUCAAAUUCCAUCAAGGCUUUUCAACUCAAACAUGAGUCUGAUACAUGUGCUCUUCGAAAGAAAUGAACUUUCCGGCAGCAUCCCUUCCAGCCUUGGACUUGUAAAUACUUUGCAGGUCGUGAGAUUUGAUACAAACAUGUUAACUGGGCCUAUUCCUGCGAGCCUCAGCAAUCUUACCAGUGUUUCUCAGAUGUUCUUGUCCAACAACAAGCUGAGCGGCCCUGCUCCUGACCUUUCUGGCAUGACCCUUCUCCACUAUGUGGAUUUAAGCAAUAAUAGUUUCGAGAUAUCUGAUAUUCCACCAUGGUUUGUAACACUCAAGUCUUUGACCACAAUAAUCAUGGAGGACACACAACUUCAAGGAGAAAUACCUGCUGCUCUAUUCAGCCUUUCAAACAUACAGAGUGUGGUCCUGAAGAACAACCAGCUCAAUGGCACUUUGGAUAUUGGCACUCCCAGCAGUCAAUUGAAAGUCAUUGAUUUACAAAAUAAUUUAAUUGGUGAAUACAAAGGAAAUGAAGGAUACAGUGGUACUUUGAUACUUGUUAAAAAUCCAGUUUGUGAUGAAACUGGUGCGUCACCUGCUAGUUACUGCAAGAUUUCGAGUUCAUCUGAUAUUCCCCCAUAUGUAACAUUGCCAAAUAACUGUGUUCCCAGUCCCUGUGACUCUGAUCAGGUUUCAAGCCCCAACUGCAAAUGUGCAUAUCCAUAUGAGGGCACUCUAAUCUUUGGAGCUCCUACCUUCUCUGACUUGGACAACUCAACUCACUACCAACAGCUUGAGAAGGCCCUCAUGAAUUCUUUCUUAUCCCAUCAACUUAAUGUUGAUUCUGUCUCUUUAAGUAAUCUCACCAAGGAUUCACUUUCAUACCUUAGAUUGAGCCUAGCGGUAUUCCCAGCAACCCAAGGUCAUUUCAACCGAAAGGAAGUUUCUGGUAUUUCUUAUUUGCUCAGUAACCAAACAUUCAAGCCGCAAAAAUCUUUUGGACCAUUCUAUUUCCUUGGUGGUGAUUAUGAAUACUUUGCAGCUGAAACAGAAGUAUCAUCAGAAUCAAAGAAAUCGUCUAAUGUGGCAAUUAUUAUCGGAGCAGCAGCUGGUUGUUCUGUUCUUGUGCUAGUAUUAGUCCUGGUAGGAAUUUAUGCAAUUCGCCAGAAGAGAAGAGCAAGUAGAGCCAUUGAUCAAAACAAUCCUUUUGGAAAAUGGGAUGUGUAUAAUAAGAGCAGGGGUAGUGUUCCUGAAUUAAAGGGUGCUAGGUCGUUCUCAUUUGAAGAGCUCAUGCAAUACAGCAACAACUUUUCAGAAGAAAAUGAUGUGGGAUCUGGGGGCUAUGGGAAGGUUUACCGUGGAACUCUUCCCACAGGGAAACUGAUUGCCAUAAAACGAGCUCACUCAGAAUCCAUACAAGGUGGACGUCAGUUCAGAUCUGAGAUUGAGCUUCUUUCACGGGUGCAUCAUAAGAACCUUGUCAGCCUUGUAGGAUUUUGCUUUGACAGAGGCGAGCAGAUGCUGGUGUAUGAGUAUGUAGCAAAUGGGACUCUUAAGGAUAGUCUUUCAGGUAAAUCAGGAAUCAAAUUAGAUUGGCAGAGGAGACUUAAAAUAGCACUCGGUACAGCUAGAGGCUUAGCCUAUCUUCAUGAACUUUGCCAGCCUCCAAUUAUACACAGAGACAUAAAAUCAACCAAUGUUCUGUUGGACAAUAACUUGUCUGCAAAAGUUGCUGAUUUUGGUCUCUCCAAGUCCAUGGGUGACAGUGGGAGGGAUCAUGUCUCCACUCAAGUUAAAGGAACAAUGGGAUACAUGGAUCCUGAAUAUUACAUAACGCAACGAUUGACAGAGAAGAGUGAUGUUUAUGGUUUUGGAGUUCUAAUGUUGGAGAUGCUUACUGCAAGAAGACCAAUAGAACAAGGGAAAUAUAUUGUGCGAGAAGUGAAAUUGGCAAUGAACAAGACUAAAGAAUUAUACAACCUUCAUGAAAUUCUGGAUUCAGCCAUUGGUUUGGGACCAACUCUCAAAGGUUUAGAGAGCUUUGUGGAUCUUGCAAUGAAUUGUGUUGAAGAAGAGGGAGCCAACAGGCCUACAAUGAGUGACGUGGUAAAACAGAUUGAAUACAUCAUGCACCUUGCUGGUCUGAACCCUAAUGCCAAAUCGGCAUCCACUUCUGCAAGCUAUGAGGAUCAGGCAAGCGCUAAGCAUCCUCACAGCGGUGAGGCUUUUGAUUAUAGUGGUGGAUUCCCACCUUCAAAGAUAGAGCCGCUGUAGAAGGCGUGAUUGUACAUUUUCUAAGUUCAGUAGCUAGCUUGCUUCACUAAGUUUAUAAAAAUUGAGUGAUUGGUGUUCAUGGAUAUAUAUAUCUAGAAAUGUUACAGAAGAAUGCAAUACACAUCAAAAUAGGGAGAAACAUCAUCUUUAUUCAUUGAUAAGUAGGCAUUAUAUAUAGGCAGUAAAUUGAGUAUCCCGUUGAAUAAG